AUGCCCGACUUAGCGACGGAUGACAAGCACUGCCUCCCUCCGUACACGCUCUACGCGCCGCACUCGCCCCCGCGAGUCAGGCCCGACUUCCGUCGUCCUCCGGGCAACAAUGGUGGCCGGCUCCGGCUCCGACGCGGCCUUCGUCGCAGCCGAGGCAUCAAGUUCCUUGUCGCGGCAUGCUUGUCGCUCCUGGUCCUCGCUCAGUGGAGGCAGAUCUGGCGCUCCAGCCGCCGUUCCGUCAAGCUCAAGCUCUCCGCCCAAAAGUUGCAGGAGAAUCUGGCCACGUGCAAGAAGCUCCAGCAGAGGCCUCGGGACCCCAUUGGCCUGGGUCGUGACAAGAACGCCCGAUUCGUCGACGGCGGCAGGCCUACGCUCAUCAAGAACGCCACUAUUUGGAUUGGCGAACCCGUCGAGGGCACCGGCAACGAGGAUGCUCGGGCAGGCAAGGGCUGGCAGUGGAUCAAGGCCGAUGUCUACCUGGAGCAUGGCCUCGUCAACAAGGUCGAGCCGCAUAUUCCCCUGAGCCGGCUGCCCAAGGACACUCAUCUUUACAACGCAGCGGGCCGACUGCUCACCAGUGGCAUCAUUGACAUGCACAGUCAUGCCGGCGUCGCCUCCUUGCCUAACCUGAGGGGCAACUCCGACGACAACGAGUCCUCCAGCCCCGUCACUCCCUGGGCCCGUGCCAUAGACGCACUCUACGUCCUUGACCCCCAGAUUGAGGUGAUCAAGUCCGGGGGCGUGACUACUUCGCUCAUCCUGCCCGGAUCGAGCAAUAACAUCGCUGGCGAGGCUUACCUGAUCAAGCAUGCCGUUGGCGGCAAAGCGGGCCGCCGCGAAAUCAGUGCCGCAGAUGUGCUGGCCGACCCCGACCGUCACUGGCGGUACAUGAAGAUGGCGUGCGGAGAGAAUCCCAAGAGUUCAUCCUCUUCCAGUGGUCGCAUGGCAAGCCGACUGGGCGAGAGCUUCGAGUUCCGUCGCGCAUUUGAGACGGCGCGAAACCUGGUCCAGAAGCAGGAUGACUGGUGCGACAAGGCCCAGGCUGUCGGCGUUGACAACAUGCACGACUAUCUCCCGGAAGACCUCGCUUGGGAGUCUCUGGCUGCUGCCAUGCGCGGGCAGGUUCAUGUCAACACGCAUUGCUACACUGUGCCUGAUUUGGAAGCCAUGGUCGACCAUACCAAUGAAUUCAAGUUUGCUAUCCUAAAGCGCACCUGGGGUGGCCGACCACCUGCUUCGGCUCUCUUCGCCGAUAACAUGUACUACAAGGUGGAGGCAUACGUCGGCUCCGAGUCUGCCGGCAAGAUCUUGUACGAGCAUGGACUGACACCCGUGUAUGUGAGCGACCAUCCCAUCCUAAACGCCCAGCACGUCCUUUUCGAAGCGGCCAAGGCCUACCAUUACGGCCUGCCCUAUCAUGCUGCCCUCGCCAGUGUCACGACAGCCCCGGCCGAAGAACUGGGCAUGGGCCAGCGCCUAGGCAAGGUCAAGCCUGGAUUCGACGCCGAUGUUGUAGUCUGGGACAGCGACCCCCUCAGCGUCGGAGCCACGCCCGUGCAAGUCUGGAUUGAUGGCACCGCCCAGUUCACGGCCCCCGUGUACCUCGAGAAGCCGAUCCAGGGCCCCAUUGGUCCGAGCGCCACUCUCGCCGACAUUGUGCCCGAGCCGACUAGGAUCGCCGAUGCCCUCUUUCAAGGCGUCACCAAAGUCCUCCUCUCCGGCGAUGACGCGCACAGCAUCGACGGCGAGCCACACAACGUCGUCGUGACCAAGGGACACAUCACCUGCAUUGGAUCCUGCGAGUCAGAAUUCGAAGUCGCCAUCGCUGCUGGCGUCAAGGUCGUCCGACUCAACAACGGCUACCUCACCCACUCCUUCACCGGCGUAGGCGGCACCAUUGGCCUCAACGCCAUCGAUGCCGAAGACUCGACAGACAAUGGCGACAAUAAAGAAACGUUCACCCGCGCCGUCGACGGUCUCCAGCUGGACAACAAGAAACUUCGCGUCGGCGCAAGAUUCGGCGUGACUCGUGCCAUCUCGGCACCCAAGUUCAACGGUCUCAAAACACACCACGGCACGAGUGUCGGCUUCGAAACUACUGCGCUCACAAGCCUCGAAAAAGGCGCCGUGUUCGCGGAAGACGCCGCCGUCCACUACACCCUGGACGUCAACGCCCGGAUGGCCGCCGACAAGAGCUACAGCGGGGCCUUUGGCAGCUUGCGCAAGAAGCUCCUCGGCGCGGCCAAGGCGGACAAGGAGCCCGACGCAUACUCGGAGGAGGCGUACCUGAAAAGGGUCGUUUCUGGAGACCUUGUUCUCGCGCUGACCAUCAACUCUGCCGACGGGAUCGCCGCCGCCCUCCGCAUCAAAUCAGAGGUCGAGGGGCUGCUCAAAUCCAGAAUCCGCAUGGCCAUCAUUGGCGGCGCUGAGUCGUAUCUCGUGGCGACAGAGCUGGCGGCCGCGUCCGUGGGCGUCAUCCUCCAGCCCUUGCAGCCCCUGCCCCUGACGUGGGAUCAGAGGCGCGCCCUCCCCGGCGCGCCGCUUACCAACUGCACUGCGGCGGAUUGGCUCGUGACGGCCGGUGUGAUGGUCGCCGUGGGCUUGCCGGAAGACUGGUACGUCCGUGAUCUGGGUUUCGAAGCGGGCACCGCGUAUCGAAACGGCAAUGGGAGAUUCACCGAGAAGUCGGCAUUGGACCUGGUGAGCCGAAACAUUUACAAGAUUCUGGGCCUCGAGGUGGACGAGGACGAGGACAGGGGGCACUUUGUGAUUAGCGAGGGCAGUCCAUUGGAGAUUGGGACGAGAAUCCGAGCGGUGGCAGCUGGCAACGGCAGACUUUCUGUGUUUGCGUAG